AUGGAUAGUUUUAAAACUUCAGGUUUUGAUAUAUAUAUUUUUCAAAAAAAUGUUUUAGAAGCAUCUCUUAUUUUUUAUAAAUCUGGUUUUUCUUUUGAAAAGAAUGAUGAAGGUGAAAUUGCACUUUAUAUUGAAAAAUGGGGAUGUAAAGAGAUACCUUUUCAAAACAAUGUUAAAAGUUUUAAAGUAAAUGGUAAUGAUAUAGAUGACAUUGACGAAAAUGAUUGUUUCAAAACUAUAGAGAUUUAUUUUUUAAGUGGAUAUCAUAAAGUUACAAUUAAAGGUGAAAUUUCUAAAGAGAUAUGGCCAGAGUUUAAACAAUUCUUAAGAGAUAUAUAUGGUUGUAAAUAUAUAGAUAAUAGUAAAUUUCAAUCUCAUUGUGAAACUACAAUAAAUAAUAAUAAUAAUAAUAAUAAUAAUAAUAAUAAUAAUAAUAAUAAUAAUAGUAGUAGUAGUAGUAAUAAACCUUCAUUUUCACUUGGAGGUGGUAGCACCAACUCUAAAAUAUCAAAAUUCUCUGUUUUAUCAAAUAGUAAUUUAAAAUCUAUUGCUGGGAAAUCAAAUACAACAAAUGAAUUAUUUCAAAAAAGACAUAACCUUGUAUUUGGCAAUUUAGGAAAUAAAAUAACCGAACAAAAUAACAACAACAGCAAUAAUAAUAUUAAUAUUAAUAAUAAAAUAAAAUCGAAUACUUCAAAUGAAACACAAUCAAAUUCAAACAACACCAUCGAUGUAAAAAAGAAUUACGAAUUUUUUCGGAAACAAUAUGAUAUUAUAAAAACCAAAGAAAACACGGACAACUAUGAUUUUGGUAUUUUUAAUGAUAUUGGUGAUAACGAUGAAAUUGAAGAAGUUGUAAAUAAAACAAAUUUAACUAAAAAAAGGGAAAGAAACGAUGAAAUAGCUGAUAAUAACAAAUUUCAAAGAAAAGAAACAUAUGAAUCAUCAUCAAGUUCCAAAUCUAUAAACAGUAAUUACUAUAAUAGUAAUAGUAGUAGUAGUAAUAGUAGUAUUUUUAGUAGUAGUAAUGGUAUCAGUGGUAGUGGUAGUAAGAGUAGCUUAGCGAUAUCAGGAAAACACAAAGGUUUAAAUAACCUUGGAAAUACUUGUUAUAUGAAUGCAAUUUUACAAUCACUUUUUGGUAUUAAAAAAUUAUAUAGAGAUAUUAAAGACGUAAAGAAUCAAUAUUUUAAAGAUGAUAUUAAACUAUAUAACCAAUUAUUAAAAGUUUGGGAUUCAGUGAAUGAUGACGAAGAUGAUUUAUAUUCAUCUUUAUUAUUAUUUAAAUCAAGAUAUAGUAGAGAUAUUGGGGUUGACACAGAGGAUUUAAAAGAUUGUAUUGAUAGUUUAAUACCAUAUUUUAAAGGUUACUCACAACAUGAUGCUCAUGAAUUUUUAGUUUCAUUUUUAGAUUUAUUAGAAGAACAAUUUAAAUCAUUUUUAAUAAAGAAAUUUGGUGGUGGUGAUGAUAAUAAUAAUAAUAAUAAUAAUAAUAAUUAUUCAAAUAAUAAUAUUUCAUUAACUCUACAAUCUUCAAAUGAUUCUUCAACUAGCAAUAACACAGUGAAUGGGGAUAAGGAUAGCGAUAAAGAUAGCGAAGAAGAUGAGGCAGAGAAAUCAUUAGAAAUUGAAAAAAUUAAAAAAAAAGAAAUUAAAGAAUUGAAUGAAACUGUAAAUUCUAUCAUUAAAGAUAUUUGUCCAAUAACUGCUAAUUUCAAAUCAUCAAUAACAAAUAUGUUACAAUGCUGUAAAUGCAAUGAUAUUCAAUAUUCUGUUGAAGUUUUUAAUGAUCUAUCUUUAAAUGUUCCAAAAAAUUCCUUUAGUGAAGAGAAGAAUUUAAAUCUUAGUGAUUUAGUUGAACAAUAUUUAAAAGAAGAGAUCAUUGAAAGAAAGUGUUCAAAAUGUAAACAUGAAAAAUCAAAAAUAGUAAAAGUAUUUUCAAAUGUGCCAAAUAUUUUAGUUUUACACUUGAAAAGAUUUAAAUUUGAUACUUCAAGAAAUAAAUUUCUAAAGAAUAACUAUAUUACUGAGCCACUAGAAUCUAUAGUUUUAGAUCAAUAUUCAAUCGAUAUCCCUGAAAAUAAUGAUGGGAAUGUAAAUAAUGAUAAUAAUAAUAAUAAUAACGAAAAAGAAAAAGAAAAAGAAAAAGAAAAAGAAAAAGAAAAAGAAAAAGAAAAAGAAAAAGAAAAAGAAAAAGAAAAAGAAAAAGAAAAAGAAAAAGAAAAAGAAAAAGAAAAAGAAAAUGAAAAAGAAAAAGAAAAAGAAAAUGAAAAUGAAAAAGAAAAAGAAAGUUUAAAUGAUAAAAAAGAAUUUGAUAUAGUAAAUGUAAAAAAAGAAAUAAUUAAUGAAAAUGUAAAUAUUAAAAAUGAAAUACAAAAUGAAAAAUUGGAAGAAAUGGUCAAUACUGAUAAUGGUGCUCUAAAAGAAAUCAUUUUAAAAUCAAAAAAACAAACUGUAAAUUAUUCACUUCAAAGUAUAGUAAAACAUGAUGGUACGCUUGAUAUUGGACAUUAUACAUGUUGUAUGAAUGUAAAUAACUCUUGGAAACAAUUUGAUGACUCUGAAGUUUCUUCAACCGAUAGAAAUCAAGUUUUUUCAACUAAAAAUGGUUAUAUAUUUUUUUAUUUAAAACGAUCAAAAAAGUAA